UCCUUUCUAAAGAUAACAAUAGAAGCCGACUUAGAAAACAGAGGGGAGACGGAGAGCUAUGGCGACUCAACUGAAACACCAAUGCCCAUACAGGUUGAACUCGAAGCCGAAGCAGCAGUCCGGUCCACGGAGGAGGACCCUCCAGGUCGAUGCCGUGUCCUCUGGCGGCGGUGCUCGGGGACUGAUACAGUCUGGUGCUGUCAAGGCGGUCCCACCAAGGGAGGCGGCUGCCGCCCUCGAGUCUGGCGGUUAUGUGAUGCUGGACGUGAGGCCGGCGUGGGAGUGGGAGAAGGCGCGCGUCUCGGGGUCGGUGCAUGUGCCGCUGUUCGUGGAGGACACUGACAGUGGGCCGUUGACGCUGCUGAAGAAGUGGGUCCACUUCGGGUACAUUGGGCUGUGGACGGGGCAGAAGUUCACGAAGCUUAACGGAGAGUUCCUCCGGCAGGUGGAGGCGGCUGUCCUGGAAAGAGAGGCCAAGCUGCUCGUAGCCUGUGGCGAGGGACUCAGAUCGAUGAUGGCUGUUUCGAAGCUGUAUGAAAGUGGAUACAGGAACUUAGGGUGGCUGGCAGGAGGAUUCAACCUCUCCAAAGAUGGAGAUUUCCGGGAUGUCGAGGGCACCGGCAAGCUGCAAUACGCCACCAUUGGCGGUGUCUCCUACAUCUUCCUUCAACUCCUCAUCCUCCUACAAGCUGUGGGCAAGAACUGAUCUGCUAAUAUUUCAACCGCUCAUAAUUACAACUCUUUCUAUCCAUCUAUCUUUGACCAUGAAUCAUGCCCUU